UUUUGCAGUGACUGACACAGCUGGAGUGGGGGGAGGCCUGGCUCUAGUGAAAGCGAGCUACUGGGGGAAAUGGGCGACGUUUGAUCGGGAAAAGAGUUUUCUCAGCCGCAGCCUGCCUAGCCUAUAUGCCUGUGCUGGAAAUCGACAAAGGCAGCCUACAAACUGGAAAGACCUAUCCAAGAGAUGGACGACGGCAGUGCCUACAUAGAGUUUGACGUGCCAGAGUUCAGCAACACCGUUCUCAACCAGCUCAAUGAGUUGCGACUGCAGGGGAAGCUAUGUGACAUCAUCGUUCACAUCCAGGGCCAGCCAUUCCGUGCCCACAAGGCCGUGCUGGCGGCCAGCUCACCGUACUUCCGCGACCACUCGGCCCUGGGCACCAUGAGCGGCCUGUCCAUCUCUGUCAUCAAGAACCCUGAGGUGUUUGAGCAGCUGCUGGCAUUCUGCUACACUGGCCGCAUGUCCCUGCAGCUCAAGGAUGUCGUCAGCUUCCUCACAGCAGCCAGCUUCCUGCAGAUGCAGGCCGUCAUCGACAAGUGCACCCAGAUCCUGGAGGGCAUCCACUCCAAGAUAAGCAUCCCCUCCAGCGCCACAAGCCCAGACAAGGAGGGCUCCCAGGCCAGCCGCAAUGGUGUCAAAGACAGCAGCCUCUUCAUCAACCCCACACAGAUCUCCCCCCCAUACUACUCCAGGCACAGCAUAGAGGCCCGCUCUGAGCUGGCAGCAGGGAAAGGCCAUGGCAGGGCGCGGUACCAGGAGGAGGGCCAGUCAGACCGAGGCAGCAGUGACGGUGUGUCAGAGCAGGAGGCAGCCAUGGAGGGAGAGACAGAGCAGGUGGAGCUGAUUGGGAAGGACGGUCAGGUGACAGACGUGCACGUGAAGCUGGAGAAGACAGAUAGGCCCAGCUACUCAGACAGCUCCUCGGCAGGCGAUGAUGGCUACCACACAGAGCUGGUGGAUGGAGAGCAGGUGCUGGCUGUCAGUGUUGGCUCCUACGGUCCCGUCAUCCAGCCGGCCGGCUACACUUACUCAGGCCUGUCGUCCCCCUGCUUCGUGAGCCUCAGCAGCUCCAGCCCCUCCCGCUCCAUGCUCAGUGGCUUCAGGGGCGGCCGGGCCAGAGCCAAGCGCCCCCCAGUGACCGUCCCAGCAGAGGUCCUGGGUCAUAUCAAACCGGGAAACACUGAGGACAGCAGCGAGGCAGUGUUGGGCCAAGUAGGUUUUGAGAACGAUGUGCGAGAGCGGAGCCUGCGCAGCCAGUGGUACCCCUACAACGAGAGGCUCAUCUGCAUCUACUGCGGCAAGUCCUUCAAUCAGAAGGGCAGCCUGGACCGCCACAUGCGCCUGCACAUGGGAAUCACACCCUUCGUCUGCAAGUUCUGCGGAAAGAAGUACACGCGCAAAGACCAGCUGGAGUACCACAUCCGCGGCCACACGGACAACAAGCCCUUCCACUGCCAGAUUUGUGGCAAGUGCUUCCCCUUCCAGGGGACCCUCAACCAACACCUGAGGAAGAAGCACUUGGGGGCCUCAGAGGGCCCCAACCACAUGGACUCUCCAGAGAGGACGGAGGGCAUCUCUGGUCAGAAAGACCCAGAGGAUGCCUCAGAGGGGAUGGCCUUUGAGACGCAGUAUGCUGAGGAGGCUCCGGCCAACGACAUGGAGGAGAGCUCAAAGUGCAGCCCUGAGGAAGCCGAGGCGUCCAGAUGUGAUUUUUAGGCCCUGGCUCUGGUUGAGGAAGCUUUAAGAUAUGUUCUUUAAACGUUUAGGAUUUGUUUUGGAACCAGCUCCUUUCGAUGUUGAACCUACUUUGUGCAUCCACGUUUUCUGCCUGUCCAUCCAUUUUUGUGAAAGUCAACUGUUGCUUAAUGUAGAAGAGGAGAAAGGGGUACUUUAAAAAAAAUAGAUUUCAAAGGGAAGGGGUAUCAACUUGCUAUUGAUAAGGUGCCCUCAAUAAUCAAGGCCUUUUGUUUUCGCUUAAAAAAAUAUAUGUUUUUGAAACAUAUUUACAGAGUAAUAUAGGCAUGUUGCAAUAAUUGAUAAUGUGAAAGCUCUGAUAAGAUGCUUAUCAUAUCAUGUUUUUACCUGACCUGUUUUUGCACAUGUGGCCAAAGGAGGUCACUUUACUCACAAGGAAUUAUUUUUCUGCCAAGUGCAAAGCUUUGUGUGAAAUAUCCGUUCAAUACCUCAUGAUACAACUACAUACUCAUAACAGACAGUAUUUUAGCUUUUAUGAAACUCCACCGGGUUCUACCUCAUAUCCAAGAACCUACCAAGAACAGAAGUGUUCACCGUUUUAAAAACAGUUUUGCUUUAGGGUAUCUGUUUCAUUUGCCAAACUCUAGGCAGAACAUCCUCAGUCCCAACGCUAAGCCUUGAUACUUUAGACUAAUAUUCCUUGCUGAUUGUAUGAACGCUGGACCGUGUCCUUGUCCAUUGUUUCAUGGUCAGACAGGAUGUAAUGUGGGCAAAGAACAAAGGUGCUAUAUUGAUGUGUUUUAAGAUAUAUUAAGUGUGUUUGCAUUGAGCAUGCGCAAGGACAGUGGAUAGAGUACAAUAAUAGAGGAUAAUACAUGACAUAUGAUUUCCACUGUCUCUACAGCCAAGAUCUAUUUAAGCAAUAAGGCCUGAGGAGGUGUGGUAUAUGGUCAAUAUACCAUGGCUAAUGGCUGUUCUUACGCAUGAUGCUCCGCGGAGUGCCUGGACACAGCCAUUAGUCGUGGUAUGUUGACCAUAUAUCACAAACCCCCGAGGAGCCUUAUUGCUAUUAUAAACUUGUUACCAACGUAAUUAGAGCAGUAAAAAAUUCAUACCUGUGGUAUACGGUCUGAUAUACCAUGGCUUUCAGCCAAUGAGAAUUCAGGGCUUGAACCACCCAGUUUAUAAUUAUGUUUUUAGAACACACAGGACAAAUUCCUCUUGUCUGUCUCUUUUCACCACUGAAGGUCACAUGCAGUUGGCCAUUUUUGAUUUUUUUGUUAUAUGCUAUUCUUAAGCAAUAAGGCCCAAGGGUGGUGUGGUUUUAUAGCCAAUAUUUCAACGCAAAGGGCAUGUUCUUAUGCACGACACAAAGCAGUGCCUGCAUACUGCCCUUAGCCGUGGUAAAUUGGCCAUGUAUCACAAACCCCCGAGGAGCCUUAUUGCUAUUAUAAACAGGUUACCAACGUAAUUCAAUCAGUAAAAAUACAUGUUUUGUCAUACCUGUGGUAUACGGUCUGAUAUACCACAGCUAUCAGCCAAUCAGCAUUCAGGGCUUGAACCACCCAGUUUAUAAUAUAUUUUAAUCCACAUGGGAUCAAUGAUUUGAUCCUCAUACACAGUGAAGUCAUUUGGAGUGUCUUCCAUUCUCUUGAUGUUUUAGUUUGUUAUUCUCAACCUGUUUAUGUGAAACACUUAGUUUAUUUGUGUGGAAAUUAUGCUCAGUGCAGUCCCACUCAUUAGCUUGGCACAGCAAGGGCAGUCCUGCCCUGAAUCUGUGCAUAGGAUCAAUAUGCAAAUAAGAACAAAGGAAUAUCAGCCAUCUUGUCAUGGCAUUUCUUUAUUCACUCUCCAUUUCAUUAGGACUCAUGUUCUGCUCUCGUCUUCUCAUUCACUGUUUCUGCCCUUUCUUGAUCCGACAUCACUGUUGAGAUGAGGGAAAUCAAAUGGGAAAGCUCAUUGAUGCCUCAUUAGAAAUUAAGCGCUUGAUGGUAUUUUGAGAGAAGCUUGUGAUCCAAAGUAAUGGUGCACUUUUUGUGUUUCAAGUAGACUGGUCUGAAUGGAGACUUGGUGAUAGUUUUGUUCGUUUUUUGAUGUCUUGAAGAUCAACGGUGACCAUAAAUGUAUUCGGCAAAAAACUAGGCUACUGCUUUUUAAUAGUCAGGAAUCAAAUUGGAAUUGCUUCGGUCAGCGUAAGCCCUGUUGCCAACUGAUGUUGGUAGCUAGCUAUUUCAGUGUUAAUAGGUAAAUAAUCAUUGAAGGCACUGUUGGUCUUGAUCUGCUUUAGAGAUUAGCUGGGCUGUCAGGGCCUAGCAGUUGGACGAAUGUCAUUGACCACAUUUGAAAACGUUAAUUUCCGCUAUUCAUAUCGUCAUAACUCACGAAUGCACAUAUAUGGUGGUGAUGGGGGGUAUGUUUGUCAGACUUAUAUUGCAUUACAUGACUAAGCAUUGCAAUGCAGAAUGCCAUGGCAUAGUACAGGCCCAGGGAUUAGCUGAACUGGCUUUCGACUUAUUGUAUGUCAAAAUACUUCUAACUACGAUAGUUUCGAGAAAUUACAGGAAUAAAUUCAGAUAAUUAUUGCGCCAACGUGCUAGUCCAGAGUAAGCUCUUUUUAAAGGCCCAGUGCAGUCAGUGAUUUUCCAAACCUCUGCCAAUAAGUCUUCCCUUCCCAUUCAGACCACUCCCAGACAUUCCUAGCAAAAUACUUGUUUGAAAGUUUUUUGCUAAAAAGCCAUUUUUGUCCAUUUUUAUACAAAUCUAUUACAGUAAGGUACUUUAUUGUUACCCAUAAAGGAUUUGAUAUUGAUAUAAAAACAGCUGCAUUGGGCCUUUCAUGAUCAGGUGGAAAGCUGAUCCUUGAAGAGCACUUUUUGACGAUAGUCAUUUUGCCCCCUUAUCCCUCUUGUUGAUUUGCUAUUUCAGCAGUGUGACGCUUUCCUUGUAUCCUAUGUACCUUUCUUUAGUUUUUACACAUGAUCACACAAUCCAAUAACUACAGUAAGCCUUCCAAGAUGGUAGAAGGCUCAAAUAAAAUGUUAAUUGUCACAUGCUUCACUGUUUAGAAGUGUCCUGAAAAGCCCAGAGGUCCAGGUGGGUGUGUGAAAGAGCAUUUCCUCUUCAUUUAAUGUAGCACCACCAUUUAUGAGACCUGUUAUUUUUCGUAUGUAUUUUUUUUUUUCUCCUUGGUUUAUUAUUUUGCAGUGAUUUUUGUUUUCAUAUUGGUAUUGAGCAGUUUUGCAUGCAUGUCCAGUGUUUUACCCUAUAUUUAUUUAGCAGUGGCGGCCACUUCAAAAUAAUAGUUAAUAUAUAUUAUGGCACUUCCACUGUGGGGCUGUAUUUGUCUCUUUGUGCAGUUUGAAUGAAGUAGAAGGUAGUUUUGCAAACCAUUGCUAACUAGCGUUAGCACAAUGACAGGCAUGCUAGCUGUUGAGCUUUUGCUAGUUAGGAAACUUCCUUUAAACAGCAGCGUGUCUUUGCAGAAAUACAUAUGUGUAUUUCUGCCCAGACAUGCUUUUAAAGUGAUGGUGUGAGAUUUUGCCAAUUAAGCACUUUUUCUACAUACCCAGUCAGAUGAACUCAUGGAUACUAGUUUUGUUUCUGCAUGCAGUUUAUCAAAGGAAGUUUCUAACUAGUGUUAUCGCAAUUGCUACCUAGCGUUAGCGCAAUGACGAAGUCUAUGGGAACAGCUAGUAUGCCUGUCAUUGUGCUAACACUAGUUGGCGAUGGCUUGCAAAACAACCUUCUACUUCCUUCAAACUGCACGCAGAUACAUAAAUAUAGCCCCACAGUGGAGGUGUCAUAAUAACCAUAAAACCUAGCUGUCAAACAGGGAAAUGGUUCCAAUCAUUUUUCCAUCAUUCAUUUUUCCCAUAGGGAAUUUUAGAAACACUAAAUAUAAGGGCUGUGUUUCGUGUAGGCUUAUCCUGAUGUGAAGUUUUCAUAAUGUAAACCUCUCUCUCGGACAAAGGGACUUUUCUCAAUAUAUUUGGCUCUAUUUACUCUGAUUCAAAAAUGCGAAUUUGCUUCAAAGUAGACAUCAUGCAAAACUACAUGUCUGCAAGCUCCUGCACUUCGUCUCUAGCUGAUACCUUUGCGAACAGGUAUUGUCAAUUUAAAUCUUGCAUAGUCUUGAGACAGUUAACAUAAUUGUCCAUUUAAAGAAAUGGAGCUUAUUUAUUGAUUACUACAUUUAACUAACUUUAGGUAGGUAAUCCAGAAAUUCUUACCUUUGCCUCGUUUCGGCAGUCUUGUCCAGAUCAUCAUGGCAUUUGUAGUUCUUUAUGAUAGCCACAUUAGCAUCUAUUUAGCAUUUCAUUUUUGUGGGGUAAAUACAGAUAAAUAUAUUGAUUAAGUCGCCUUGUGCUAGAGAGAUUUACACUUCUCAAAAUGUCACGCCAGGAUAAGCCUAAACGAAGCACAGCCCUUAUUUUAAGUGUUUCUAUAAUUCCCUAUUGUAUCCACGAAUUCAUCUGCCUGGGUAAGUAGAAGGGCUUAGUUGCCAAAAUCUUAUCCCUUUAAGAUCAGUGUGACACAUUCAAGCUGAUAUUUGUAGUGAACAGAGCGAGCACAGCCACCACAUGCUCCUUAUCGCCCAACAGUGCUGUUAUGGCGCUCAUCAGUUCUAUUUCCGAUGGGGUCAACAUAAUUACAUUUUCAUGUGUUUUGAAGUAGAAUGUCUUUUAGUCAUCAGAAAUGAGGUUCUCGCAGCCAGCAAAGAAAACCAGCCCACUCCCCUGCUUCCUUUGCCACCGGUGUUGAAAGAAAAUACUAGGGGAAACACUACUGUUCAUAUCAUUAGGUCACCAAUGGUCUCUCUAUGCCCACUACACAAUGGGUUCAUUGUUUUGAUGUCCAUUGUCUUGUUUCACCAGAUGCCAUGGAAACCAAAAGGACCCUUCUCAGAUUUAGUGAAUUCUGAUUCGCUAUCGUCUUGUUGCUGAUCUUGUCCGUUUUUGAAGAUCCGUGACGGCCCCUUUCCCUUUGUUUUUCCCAGUUUUUAUUUUCUCCCACAUAACAUGCUUGACAGUGUUGUGGCCUAAAGUCAGCCACAAUCUAUUUUCCACUGUCUGAAUGCCUACUAGGCAGAAGUCUAGAAUGUCAUGUUCUGUGUGUUAACCGUCUUUGUAAAGUCUUAUAACCCUGCUCAUAUUGAAUCUGUCCCCCUACCGAUUUAUAAGAGGGAAUUGACCUUGUCAUAUAAUAUAAUCCUUCUCAUGAUGUCUCGCGUUAUUAGAACAGGGGCAAGCUACUAUAGGUUAUUUUGCCAGGAGUCCAACAGAUGGGAGUCCAAUGGAUAAUCCUCCAUAGAAAUCAAAUACUGAAAGACAAAGGUCUGUCUAUACAUUUGGCCAACAAGAGGAAAGAUGACUUUCCUACAUAAGAUGUAGCCUGGUUGCUAUUUUCCAAUUCCUUUCUAUUUCCAACUGAUGUUCUUCUUACAGUUGAGUCCCACAUAGUCUUGAACAUGUUGCCAGAUAUAUUUAAUAUCAUGAAAGAAAUUGUACAGAAAUUGAGUUUGUUUAUUUAUAUAAUUGUAAGAUGCCAACCAUAUAAAUCCUAGUAAUAUUUUGAAGAACAAAAAAGGCUUUUGAAUUGUGAUCUGUGCCUUGCCACACAAACUAUAUCCCUGACUCCAUGGCACUUACAGUGGACUUCUGUUUUGUGCCUGCCUUCAAUGUAAAGAAUGAAAUGGGUCAAGGGGAAGGUAUAUCUAUUGAUAAAAUACUCUAGAUUUCACUUUAAUUUGGAAAAAUCUUUCCUGUGAUUAGUUUAUGCAACAAUUAUUUGUCUUAAAGGGAAUGGGCGCAUAAUUGAGAAUAGUUCAGCAGUGAGGAGAAUUAUGUCUUAGAUAUAUGCCCAAGUUGAUCUCUUAAAUUAUGCUUACAUGCCACCUCCAUUUUUAUUCAGCCGUACUUAUUUAGCCCUACUAUUUCCUUGUCAUCAGACCCCAUUUGAUAUCCAUUAAUAAUGUGAUGAAUUGUGUUUAUGGUAAUAUGGUGACUUGCAUGGCAUCUAAUCACAGUCGUGAGCUGUUUUGUUCCUCUCUCCAGAGGCUGUUUUGUAUGUUUACUCUAGCCUUUCUGUUAGCACUGAGGACAAUCGAAGGCAUUGCCUUCAGUCUCGGAGAGAGUACAGCUAGACUCUUCCUCUCUCAAGAUUCCUUUUGUAACAUCUGGCCAGGGGGACAGCUGCUUGAGAAUGAGCAGAUUUUAAAAACAUGACAUUUGUCGAGUGAAAAAUGGCAAGAUUACCCUGUUGUAUUGCACGUCACUCACCCACAAAAUAGUUUUUGAAAUGCCGAUGGCUGUUUUUGGAACUCAACAUUAGUUAUUGUUUUUGUCUCAUCUGGCAUGCACUUAGAAAUAACCUGUCUUUGAUACAUUCAUAUUCCAGAGGGGAUCUACUCAUAAUUUUAGUCUCCACCUCACCUAUUACUUUAUCUUAAGGGACCUUUUUACCCUUAAAUGGUGCUUAUAGACUGGUCUGUUUAUUUAUAGAUUUUGAUAUACAAAAUACUAUACACUUGCAUAUUUACAUUAUAGGGGGGGUAAUUUGUGUAAAUGCUUUUAUCAACUUUGGUUAUUAAUGCCACACCACUCACCAACCAACUGAACCUGACACUUAUUUGCGUUCACUCUGUUUGUUCAAAACUAUUCACAGAAAAGGUAGGAGGGAGAUGCUCGUGGGCCAGAACUAAUCAGAAGGAAGUGUUUACAGGGAAGGCUGUUUGACUACUUUUUGAAUUUUUGAACAGACUAACUUCAGGUAGUUUAUGAACACUGAUAUAGACUUUAACAAAAUCUGAAAGUCUUCCAUAGCUUCUCUCAGCCUUUCUCCACUGUGUAAUAUACAAAAGCAAUAACCUUUUUUAAAGGGGAUGUAUUGUCAUCAGUGAGCCUAAUCUAAUUUUGGGCCUGUCACAGCUCAACCAGACAUUGAAUGUCAGGGAGCUAUCGAAUUGAAGUAGGACGAGGACAAUUUGAUAUUGAUAUUUUUUUAUAUAUUUUGUGAGUCAUUGGACAGGUUGAGUGAAAAUGCUCAUUAGGUGAGACUGGUAUUGCUGGUCUUCUAAGUACGCAUCCAAAGCCUAUGACUGUCAAUUAACUGCAAUGCAAAAGCUAAGCAUGUGAUUCAGUCAAACUCAAUGGCACUGGUUUUAAAAUUGCACCUCCAUCUGUAUCAAAUACUGAAAGGGAUUGUGGGUUGCAAAGCCACAUUGGGAGUGGCGACCUGUGUUCAUGCUAAGAUGUAAAGGUCUCCCCUUUCCCCUCGUGUACUGAGACUGAAGUUUCAGCUGUUCAGAGUGGAAUUGGUCAGUGCUGCUUUAACUACAUGUUAAGACUGGCCUGUUUCCUUUGAUGUGAAACUCCUUGGUCUUUGACAUUUGGUGUCUGGAUAUCAUGUAUUUUGUUGAUAUGGCACAAAAAAAAUAAGUAGAACUCAGGGUUUAUACUAGUGUUAUAAAGUGGUCACUCUGGGCAUACAGCUCAUAUGCGUAGAAUUCAAUGUGCACUUCUCUUCAGGUGGGGAAAUAAAUCCUCAGUCAGUGGUUCCCAAACAUUCUGCCUCAAGGGUCUCACUGAACCCAUGUUUUCCGUUCCCCCUCUGCAUGCGUGUGACAAGCACAGAGUUUCAAUGUUGAGGAACAGGGGAGACCUUUUAGUUUGGCCAGGUGUCAGCCCACCUCCCUCUAAUCCACUCUACAUACAACCCAACUGUGAACCUCAGAACUCUACUGUUAUGUACAACUAUGAAGUAAAUUAAGCUAGCUAGAGCUGAAUUAUUAACUUGCCAUUUAUGAAUUUAUUUUAUAGCAUGAAAUAUAUGAUAUAUUUAUUCAAAUUAUAUUUUACUCAUAAUCAUUCUGUGCUGCUUUUUGGGGGUUCUUACGCUUGUAAAUUGCUUUUUUAUGAUACAAAGAAAUGUCAAUAGAAAAUGCGUUUGUUUGUAAAAUAAAGAUGCUGAUUUGGCA